AUGGCCGAAGCGAAGCCCGAAGUGACGUUCGACGUCGUCCUGGCUGCGGCGUCGGACGACAUCCGCCAUGCGCUCGAAGCGAUGGAAGACGAUGCGGUCAUGGACGUCCUCGCGCAGCCCGAGUCCAUGGACCUCAUCGACGCUUGGAUGACCAAGGUGCAAUCUGGGGCCGACCCGGACGACGCACGAAUGAACGACGACGAUGUGCUCGAAUGCGUCAUGGAUACGCACGCCAAGCGAAACUUGCAGACGGCGCUGUCUGCAGCGACCAUCGAUUUGGCCUGGCUCCGCCCCAAGGACCCUCUCUUCGCCCGGCAGCUCUUGUCGCGGAGCCAAGGCGCGGGUGACACCGAGUCGCUUGCCAGCGGACCGCAUGUCUGGUUCAUCAAGCGCGCGCUGGAAUUCAUCGACGUCGUCCGCGUGCUUCUCAAGGUUCCUUCGAGCGUCACUGUCGAGACGCACGAGGAAAAGUCCUUUCAAGCGCUGGAUCUUGUACUGCAGCUCACGCACUGGCUUUGGGCGCUCCACCCCACCAAGCUCUCGACGUUGAUUCACGGAGAUAUUUUGGAGCUCACGUCCGAGCUGCUCUUGGCCACGUGCUCGGCGCACAACGCGAGUCCUAUCGAAGCGUGGUGCCGCCGCCUCUUGGCCGCGAUCGAGACCAACUUGCAUCGUCACGAUACGAGCAAGAUCCGGCGUCUCGUGACCGACGUCCAGGACCUCCUCGUGCACGUCAAGCAAGACACGACGCCGUUCCAUGCCGCGUUGCAUCUCCCCCGCAUCAGCGCGCCAGUGCUGCAGGCGCUCGAUAUCGGCAUCUUGGCGCAUUACGACCAGACGCGUGUCGACGGCAACGACGAAGCCCAGCGGCAGCGGGUGGUCGAUGACCUCCAGAAGGUCGUCAAGAGCUCGUUUGACCGCAAGUGUGGCCUGCACCUCUACGGCAGCUCCCUCUCGCUGUUUGGCUCCAAGGGCUGCGACAUUGACAUCACGGCUGUCCGCCGGACACCGGAUUCGCCCGCUGCGCACAGCGGUAUUGGGGCCGCCCGCCGCCAGCAUGACGAUGCUCUCAAGGCCAUGGGACUCGCCACGCGGUGCGCCGAGGCCCUCGACCAGAUCAAGGGAGAUGCGGCAAAGGCUCUCGCGGCGUACACGAAAAUCAAGUCGCGCUGCCCCGCAGACUUGGCCAAGACCCCGGCCAAGAUCAAGAACCAGCUGCAGCAAGCCCAAGUGUUUUUGCGUGCCGCCAACAGUCUAGUCACGAUGACCGAGCUCAUGCUACCGCCGAAUUCCAAGUCCUCGCCAUCGUCGCUCGUGGCGACUAAGAAGCAAAUCCACCUUGCGAUCCAGGACGCCGACGGACAGCGCAAAGCCAUGUACCGGCUCUCCGGAGCGCUGCAGAGAGGUGGAUGCACGGUCCAGCAACUCAUCCUCGGCGCCCGCGUGCCCAUCAUCAAAUUUCUCCACACUGGGAGCGGUCUCGAGGGCGACAUUUGCAUGGGCAACUUGCUUCCGACCAAGAACACGCUGCUGCUUCGAACGUACGGCGAGUACGACCCUCGCGUCCGGCCGCUGGUCUUGGCCGUCAAGCAUUGGGCGAAAGCUCGACGCAUCAACGAUGCCUCCAUGGGCACAUUGAGCUCGUACUCGUAUGUGCUCUUGGUGAUCCACGUCCUGCAGGAGGCUGGUGUGCUGCCCAACCUCCAAGACCCCGGCCUGCUCCAGAAACUUGGUGUGCCCGCCGAGGAGCUCAACGGCUGUAACGUGGCCUUUUGCCAGAACGUUGCACAGGUCAAGGCAGCGGUCAUGCUUCCCGACACGCAAAGCCUCUCGGUGGCGUCACUCCUCGUUCGCUUCUUCAUGUACCUCAAGCACUUUGACUGGUACGGUCGCAGCGUUGCGAUCCACCGAUCCGAGCUGCUCACCAAACAAGCGCGGUGGGGCGCCAAGCGCAAGGCGUGGCGCAUGAGCAUCGAAGAUCCGUUUGAGCUCGACCGCGACCUCGGCGUCGUGCUGCAGCUGGGCGGCCAGCAGAAAAUCCUCGAAGAAGUCGACCGCGCGGUGGGCCUCAUUGUGGGCGACGACGCGUCGUUCGAGACGCUCACUGCAGUUUUGCCCAAGCCGCUGACGAAAAAGGAGAAGAAGGAUGUCGACAAGGCAACGCGUCAAGAGAAGCGCAAGCCCAAGAAGAAAGCCGACAACACCGACAAGUCGGCGACCAAAAAGGUGGACGAGCCCAAGCAACAAGAGCCGCUCGAGAGGAACGAGACGGAAAAGGGCUCCAAAAACGCCAAAAAGGUGCGGGGUACGGAGCUCACGGCUGCUACGAGCGACGACACGGCCGCGACGGCAGCUGCCAGCGAAAAGCCCGUGCCGACCAAGAAAUCGAAGAAGGCCAAGGGCACUCGGGAGCGGAAGGCAACCGGCGACGACUCCAAGCCGCCCAAAGAGUCGGAAGCACUGACACCACUGGACGAAGCGAAAGAGCGCCAAGGGGCCGUGGACACAGCGCCGCCACCCGCGCCAAGCGAGGGCGCAAAGCCCAAGAAUCGCUCCCGCCGUGGCAAGAAGAAGUCGAGUUCGGGCGUCGCGAACCCGCCGCCAGCCACCUCGUAG